GAAUCACAUAUUGUUAUACAACAUACAACACUUCCUCCUUUUAUUAAAUACGCCUCUCUCUCUCACACACUCUCUCUCUCUGCAAAUACAACGCUACAGAUUGCGAUUCAAAUGGCAUCCACUUCUCUUUCUUUUCCUUCUCUGCAGCUUCAGUUCCAUACUCCACAAAAAACAUCAUCAUCAAAACCAUACUCGCGUCGACUAUCAAUCCGUCCCAUCACCGCCUCAGUUUCCGAGAAGCCAUCUCUACAAGCACCACCGACCACGGUUUCACCAUCUCAACAACCCACUCAACCUCCGAUCCGAAAAAUUCCAGGAAACUAUGGUCUCCCUUUUAUUGGUCCAAUCAAAGACCGUCUUGACUAUUUCUACAACCUUGGUAGAGAAGAGUUUUUCAAGUCAAAAAUGCAGAAGUACCAGUCAACUGUGUUUCGAACCAACAUGCCACCUGGCCCUUUCAUCUCUCAUCACCCGAACGUCGUCGCUUUGCUAGACGGUAAGAGCUUUCCGAUUCUUUUUGACGUGACCAAAGUUGAAAAGAGAGAUCUUUUCACUGGUACUUUCAUGCCCUCAACCGAACUCACCGGUGGUUACCGUGUUUUGUCAUAUCUUGAUCCCUCCGAACCAAAUCAUGGAAAACUUAAACAACUCCUCUUCUUUCAAUUAAAGUCUAGCCGAGACAGGGUAAUCCCAGAGUUUCACUCUACCUACACAGAGUUGUUUGAGACUCUUGAAAAAGAUUUAGCCACCAAAGCUAAAGCCAGUUUCUCUGAAGCCAAUGACCAAGCUGCCUUUAACUUCUUGGCACGAUCCCUUUACGGUACAAACCCGGCUGAUACUAAACUCGGCCUCGAUGGCCCUACUAUUAUUCCUAUAUGGGUUCUCUUUCAACUCAGUCCAAUACUCACUCUUGGCUUACCAAAGCUUUUAGAGGAACUGUCCAUCCACACAUUUCGUCUUCCUCCAUUCCUGGUAAAAAAAAAUUACCAGAGACUAUAUGAUUUCUUCUACGAGUCAUCAGGUACCAUUCUUAACGAAGCAGAGAGGUUGGGCAUCUCCAGAGAAGAAGCAUGCCACAACCUGUUAUUUGCCACUUGCUUUAAUUCCUUUGGAGGAAUGAAGUUUUUCUUUCCCAACGUGGUCAAAUGGAUUGGUCGAGCAGGGGUCAAACUCCACACGCAGUUGGCAGAAGAGAUCAGAUCAGUCGUCAGAUCCAACGGUGGAAAAGUCACGAUGGCCGCCAUGGAACAGAUGCCGUUGAUGAAAUCCGUCGUGUACGAGGCAUUCCGCAUCGAGCCUCCCGUACCGUUUCAGUACGGAAUAGCCAAAAAGGAUAUGAUCGUUUCAAGCCACGACGCAUCGUUUGAAGUGAAAAAAGGAGAACUGUUAUUCGGGUACCAACCGUUUGCAACAAAAGAUCCGAAAAUAUUCGAGAGAGCAGAGGAGUUCGUGGCGGAUAGGUUCGUUGGCGAAGGUGAGAAGUUGCUAAAGCACGUGCUAUGGUCAAAUGGACCGGAGACAGAGAAACCAACGGUGGGAAAUAAACAGUGUGCUGGGAAAGAUUUUGUGGUUCUGAUUACCAGGCUUUUGGUGGUUGAAUUGUUUCUCCGAUAUGAUUCGUUUGAGAUGGAAGUAGGAACGUCGGCACUGGGGUCUUCUGUCACAGUAACCUCACUGAAGAGAGCGAGCUUCUGAGUUGAAGGAGAAUAAAGCAGUUAUGUAGGGGUAAUUUGGGAAAAAAGAGAGAUGUUAAUAUGGUUGGGGGAGGGUUAUAAUGGUAUUUCGUGGAGUUCAAUUAAUUAGCUUUGUUUUCAGUUGUGGAUGUAGAUAUGAUGAUUGAGUAGUCAGUAGUUAAUAAUUUGGUUUGUUAUUUUGAUAUAAAGUUUGUUGGGCGAAAAGCGCAUUUACAAGAGUAGUCUCUUUCUGAAUGAGUGGAUGCAAAUAUUAAUUCACUAUGAAAAUUAUUUAUUCUGA